AUGAACCGAUUCUCUGUUUUCCUCUGCUUAGCAUUAUCCAUCGCCGCUGUCAAGGCCACCGAACACUCGACAUGUUUCAACUUUUUUUUGAAGAAAGACGGAUGUGUUAACUCAUCUGCAGCCAAUAGUACUCGCUGCCAAGCUCCCCCCAAGGAUGACCCUGCUCCGGUUCAACAGUUUGCUUUGGUUUCCCAGAAGGCAAAGAGGAGUGAACCCCAUCGCGUGGACCGUCGCUACAAUUCUCAGAAUCCAGUCUUUCCUAUCGGAAGUGGCACAGGUAACUGUGGAUUGUACGAUUCAGCCAAAGAGCUCGGCGUAUGUCUUUGGAGUGGAGCGGAACAGACCAACCCGACCGUCCAGACCGCCGGCUGGGUCAACAGUCUCAAGACAUCCAAUUGUGGAAAAAGAAUCUACAUUCACAGAACCGGAAAACCUGAUACGGUCCAGUAUGCAAAGCUUGUUGAUGGUUGCUCUUUCAACACCACGGUGUUAGAUAUCGGAUGUACUCAAAUUGGCCUAUCCAUCCAGCUCUUCAAAAAAUUCAACCCCUCGGAAAAAGAACAAACCGAUCAGCUCCUUUAUGGCGGUCUUACCUGGGACUUUGACAACUUGCACGGUCAAAGUACCCAACAAGCCCCGGUCUGA